UGCUGCUGCUCUGUGGUGAUUAAGAUCUGUUUGUUACAACUAUUCCAUUUUGCUUAUAAAACUGAAGGAGUGAAAAAAUAAAAAUUAAAAAAUGCCCUAGUAUAUGCAUUAGUCAGUGAAAAAUCAGGUUUAGGUGGCUUAACUCCCUUAUAGAAGAGCUUCUUAACUUAGCCUUUCUGUGAAUUUCUUUUAGGCAAGUGUUGGAAAUAUCACAAAACGAAAAAGAUGUUUCCAGCUCUAAAGUAUCAUUCAACAGACUACUUAUAUGAGAGCAUGGCAAGGCAGAGGUAUUCCAUCUGUAGGUUAUCACUUUGCUUUCCUCCCAAUUUACGACAACGUGAAAAGUAUCAUCUGACUGGACUUUUUGUUCACGAUAAAUAUAGGAGGCCCUGGGAAAGAAUUACUUCAACACAGAACAUGAUUGCUGUUUCAGUGCUGGAUCAGUGGAAGAAAAGUUUAACUGUGGAGGAUUUCCUGGAAAAGAAACCUAUCAGUUCUGUAGGGUUCUAUGUCAAUAUUGAAUUAAUAGGAAGUUCAAAUCCCAACUCUCCAAUUGACACAGAAACGCAUUAUUUACUCAACAAAGUUGUUUGUGAGGAAGUAUCAACUCAAGAGAAAUAUUUGAAGACUGACUGUGCCACUGAGCUUAAGGAACAGUGGCAAGGUCUACACAUUGGAGAUGAAUUUGUUUUUGUUGAUGAUCUGGAAAACUAUCGUAAAAAACUUCCUAAUUUAUCUACACUUCUGGGCAGACUAAAAUUUUUUUGUGUGAGAGAUCCUUUUCUAGAUUCUGAAGGAGAGAAUUUAACAGAAGAGAACAUUUUUAGGGAAUGUUUGUCUUUUCAAAAUGAAAUAGAAAUGCUGGAGAGUGAAAACAAAUUGCAAGGAAUUAAGGAGGGCUUUUGUAAAACCACAUUAGAAGAUAGAGAGUAUUUCAUGUUGCCUUUUGAGUUAGAAUUCUGCAAAAGAAGAAACAGCAAAUCAGAUUCCGUUAAGAUUCCAUCAUAUUUGGGAUUGAAGGAGUUACUAAAUUUAGCUCCAGAAAAUAUGGCUGAUGAAAAUAUGUGUGAGGAAGUGAUCAAAGAAGAUCUCAAAGAAAAAAUUGCAAACAAAAUGGAAAUUGCCAAAUACUGUUCUACUUCAGUGGUUAGCUCCAGUAACAGCAUAAGUAUGUUAGAAAUCUCUGAAUCAGCCAAUCACAUCUCAUACCUGAAAGAUGAAAUCGAAGUACCUUUAACUCCUCCAUGCAAACAACAAAGAUCGCAAGUGGAUUUUCUCUGUGUAGGACUUCAAGAAGAACUUAAUCCUCUUUUUGACAACAGUAUUUUGAUUACAGAGCCCUCUAAGGAAUACCUGGACUGUUUGGUAUGGCAAUCAGAAAAGUACUGGGAUAAUGUGAGCUCUCUUUUGCUUGUUGAUUAUUGGAGCUUUAAACUUGAAUAUCGACACCAUUCUCUCACAGAACUGAGGACGAUGCUUUCAAUUGACGUAGAAACACCAGUGAUUAUCUCUCUGGAGAAGGACUGGUGGCUUCCUAUGGGAUUAGAUGUGGUCUGUGUUGAAACUUUGGAGCAAUUAAAGGGAGAUUCCAGUAAUACAAACAGUUUGCUUUCUACAGAGGUAGAAGCAUUCACAAAAUUUUCUAUAUAUCAGUUAGAAAGAUGGCCUGAAGAGAAGAAUUCCGUGUCAGAUCAGGAAUUGCUUUCCGGUGAAAGACAUCAGAUGGACAAAGUAACUGAUCUUUGCAUGCCACCUCAGAACAAGAUGCAGCACUUUGGCCUGCCUAUAAAUGCUGCAUCUUCUCUCAAAAUAGACAGAAUAAAUACAUCUCUGGAAAGUGCUGCAGGAGGAAAUGCACAGAAGAGUAAGAUAGAAGAGCCACUUUAUUUCUUAAACCAAGAAGAGAAGACAAACAUAUCACUUGGGUCUGUCAGCUGUAGAGAUGUGCCUUUUAAACAACACAGGUUUUCUGAGGGCCAGAAACUCGCAUCAUUCACACUGGAUUCAAAAUGGGAUAAUGAUGAUUCUGAUCUGAACAACUUUAUAAUGCUAAGGUGUAAACAGACGAUCACUCAAAGUCAGGGAAAAAAUGGUGUAGAUAGUCCUGGAAAAGUGCUACAGCCUGAAGAACUACAUUUACCUGUGCACAAAGAGGACAGUUCUGUUUGUGAGCCUGCAAGAACAGAGAAAAAAGAGCAAGAGAAUGACAGCAGUGUCAUAGUCAAAAUUCAAGCAUCAGAAAGCCAAUGCCAGGCAUACUGCCUGCUGAAGGAAGCAGCCACUUCUGCUUUAAAAGACUUGAGAAGUCUGGGUGUACUUGCUUCUGUAAGUUGGAGCUUUGACAGCAUUAAGUUUGAUCACACAAGAUUUUUCCUAAAGCAACAGGAGAAGAUGAUAUGUGAUCAUUUUAAAGAAGGUAAAGUAGACGAGAAAGAGAUCAUGCUGUUCAGACAUGCUGCUUUGGUGCAUCUGCUGGUGACAUGUCGAGACCUUCUGUUAACAUGUGGCUUGGACACAGCGCUAGGAUAUUUGUCUAAAGCAAAGGAUAUCUAUAAAAACAUCUUAGAAUCCUGUUUGAAUAAUAUCUGGAGGCAGUUGAAGAUUGUACAGUACAGCAGCCAGAAAAAACACGAAUCCAGUCCCAAACAAACAGAGCUUCGGUGUCGAAUGUUAAAUUGGAUGCAAACUUAUGCUGAGGAGCACAGUGUUAAGAUACUAAUCAUAAUAAGAAUGGACUCUGAAAGAGAAAAAGCGGCUCUCAUUCACACUGUAUCUAGAGUAGAAGGUUUAAAAGCUAUUGAUUUGAAUUCUGAGAAAAAAGAAAACAUUCUGGGUUAUAAAGAUAUCAUCAGCAAUAAGUAUGUCUGUGUUAUUAUACACAAUCAGAACAUUGGAGCUGACUUCCCUUGGCGACACUUCUCAUUAGUUAUAGAAUAUGAUUAUUUUGAAAACUCUUGCUGGAAAAGACGAUGUGAAGAUCUAAAUAUUACUUACAUUACUUAUAAAACCAUCCUCCCUGAAACAGUACAAAUGGGGAAUCACUAUGGUUCAUCUCUUCUGGAGAUUCAGAUUCCUUAUGUGUUUCUCACCACUGAAGGUCUUCUUAGUAUGCCAGAUUUUCUUCAGCUUUUGGAGACUCGCUACAGCAUUACUUUUGUUGAAAGAAGCAGCAGUUACUCUUUAAGGCUACUUGGAGAUACAGACAGAUAUGUUGUGUUGACAAUAGAUGAAUGCACUGCUAUCUUCUUGCAGAACAUGGAUGAAUUAAAUCAUGAGGAGUCCUGCAGUAAUAUAAUAUUGAAGCUGACAGCAUUAUCACUCCAAUAUACACGCUGUUGGGUUGUUUUCUGCUCCAGAGAAAGACUGAGCUUGGAGUACAGUCUCAGGGGAGAUACACUUCUCAGCCUUGUUUUAAUUUAUGCCACUUUGAUAGAAUUUACACAGAAGUCGGAAGACUUUGAAGUGAAGGUAGUUCUUACACCAGGGAUUGAAGAGGCAGCACUUCUAAUUCGUCAGAUAGCUGACAACAUUUUGAUGACUUCUAGUUCCAGUCCUCAUGAAUGGCUGGAUAAAUCUUGGCUUUCUGUCUUGCCCUCUGAGAUGGAGAAACACUUGCUUACUUUUCCAUGUAUCAACCCCCUGGUUGCUCAGCUGAUGUUAAGAAAGGAAUCUUCUUUGAACAGGCUUUUUCUUGCAAGCUUUGAUCAACUCCAGGAAUUCCUACCAGAGGUUCCAAAAAAAGUCUUAAAGCAUUUUAGUGAAAUUACCUCUUCAUACAGCACAAAUGCUGCUGCUCCACCAAAAACAACAGUGAAAAAUGUAUCACCUCCAGAAAACUGGAAUACCUUUAAAAGACUCUAUCCAGGUUAUAAGCAAAAUUCUCAGUCUUUAGAGUCGCUACCUAAGGCACAAACCAUCACAGGGCCAUCUCAUGUGAAUUCUGAAGCCACGUUUCUUCCAUUGAAACAUAAUCAAGGUUUUAUCAGCUCUGACCUUUCAAGCUAUAUGCACGAGAGACCGUGUUUUUCAGAAGUAGCUCCAGAGAGGAAACAGAAUUUCUUUGUUGUACCAAAGGGCUGUGAAGAUUUUGCUCAUCUAAAUGCUACGAAUUCUUUUUAUGUUAAAGGUCAGGCUUUCAGGAAACACUACAUCUCUGAUCAUUCCUCCAAAACUUCUGAAAAAGAUUUCUUUGCAACUUUCAGUGGCUGUGUACCUCCUGACAGCUCUACGGCUUUUCUGGAAGAAUUUAGAGACACAGCAUUUAAAAGCCCAGGAAUUCUGACUGAUGAGACUCCAUGGAAAGACUUUUCAUCCACUUGCACAUACAAUUCCUUUGCAACUAGCUUAAUUCACUCUGAUUCCCUUGUUGAUCGAGAUGAAAUUCAAAUUCUGUGUUCUCAAAACCAAGGUCAAGAACCUUCAGGAAAGAGAAAGCAAAGUCCACCAUUCUUAUGGGCAAAAGGAAGAAAACGAACAGAUUUGGGAUUUGAAGAAGUACCAAGGAAUAAAAAAAGGAGACUGAUGUAUGAAAGAGUCCCUGGAAGAGCUGAUGGACAAACACGUCUUAAAUUCUUUUGAACUGAAUGGUGACUUGAAUGCCACAUCUCUUUCUUUUUUUUUUUCCCCUUGAUCCUUAAACCAUUUAAGUUGAAGUUUAUUAAAUUAUUGUUGUUGUUGUUGU